GAUGUUAAACGUGUAGUAGAGCAGAAAAGUAAUCUAACUCUUGGAUAGCCAGGUGCAAGGGAAUCAAGGUUGCACUGCUCACCUGGCAGCACAGUUCCUGGGAGAAGUGAGCUCCGAGGGUUGGCUUAGUAUAUCCAAAUCAUCCUUUAGCUAAAAGUAACAUCAGAGCAUGUUGACUCUCAGGUAUAUUCAUGGCAUUGAAGUCUGUGACAGAGUUAAAACAAGAAAGGGGUUGGGAAAGAAAUUCGCAUAUUGAAGACCUACUGUGUCAAAAGCUUGGCAGACAUGUUUUUAAGAGAGAGAGAAAGGGAAAAAAACCCCUUUGAAACAGGAGGCAGCAUCUUAACCGUAAAUCAUACAACUCUUUUUAUCCAAUGAACUGUAGAAACCAGCAUUUUAAUUUGGUCCAUCUUACCCUUUUUUUUUUUAAUUUUGCAGCUACACUUACUGGUGGACACCAGAGGUGAUAAAGCAUUUACCAUUGCCUUAUGAUGAAGUUAUCUGUGCUGCAAACUUAAAGAAGUUGGUAGUGAAGAAAUUUCACAGAUAUGAAGAAGAGAUUGAUAUCCACAAUGAGUUCUUCCGGCCAUAUGAACUGAGCAGCUUUGAUGAUACCUUUUGCUUGGCUAUGACAAGCUCAGCACGUGACUUUAUGCCCAAGACUGUUGGCAUAGAUCCAAGUCCAUUCACCGUGCGAAAACCAGAUGAAACUGGAAAAUCAGUAUUGGGGAACAAAAGCAAUAGAGAAGAAGCCAUUUUGCAACGGAAAACAGCAGCCAGUGCUCCACCACCCCCUAGCGAGGAGGCUGUGUCCAGCAGCUCUGAAGAUGACUCUGGGACUGACCGUGAAGAUGAGGGCUCUGUCUCUCAGCGAUCCACCCCCGUGAAGAUGACCGACACAGGAGACAGUGCCAAAGUGAAUGAGAAUAUGGUCCAACCUAUGAAAGAAGUGUAUGGAAUUAACCUCUCUGAUGGCCUCUCAGAAGAAGACUUCUCCAUUUAUUCAAGAUUUGUUCAACUGGGACAGAGUCAACAUAAACAAGACAGGGGCAGCCAGCAGCUCUGUUCCAGGCACUCAGAUGGAGUUAUAAAAUUGUAAGUACUAGAUUAAACCUUUAAAAAGAUCUUUGCAUUGCGAUGUGUUAAGAAAAAUGUCCAGUCUUGUCACCAAGUAAUUUAGUGUAAGUAAAUGCACUGAAGCACCUUCUCCUGGUACCUUA